AUGAAACAAGUUAAACCAAGGAGAUGCAUGAAUAAUACAGAAAAAACCAUCAAAAGUCAAAGACUUAUAUCAGCUCUAACUUUUUCAUCAAGUUUUUAUGAGUCAAUACAGCCUUCUUCUGAGAAAGUUCAAUUUUAUACUUCUCAAAAAAUUGAGAGAAGUAAAUCUGCACCUAAACUUUUCAUAGAAGAGAAAGAAGAGGUUUAUUUAAUAAAUCCUUUUAUCAAUGCACAACAUCAACCUUUUUACUGCAGCCAAGAAAUUUCAACUAUUUCAGUUGAAAAUUUUCUUAAAUAUCUAACUAAAAAUAAUAUUGUUGUUGACUGUCGUUAUCCUUACGAAUAUGAAGGUGGACAUGUUAUAGGUGCUUUAAAUUUAUGGAAUCCAGGAUUAUUAUUUGAAUAUCUUAAAAAUAACUUAGAACAAAUAUUAAGAAUGCAAAGUAUUAUCAUUUUUUAUUGUGAAUUUUCUAAGACUCGUGCUCCUAGUCUUGCUCGUCAGCUAAGACGUUUUGACUUAGUAAGAAAUAAACAAAGUUGUUUCAAAGAAGUAUAUUUACUUGAAGGUGGAUUUAAUGAAUUAUAUUCAUUAAAUCCUAGCUGUAUUGAAGGAAGUUAUGUUGAAAUGAAUGAUUACAGAUAUUCUGAAAGAAUGUUAUUAUACUAUAAAAUCUGUACUAAUUAUAAAAUAGUAAACAAAUUAAAUUGUUUAUUAUUUUCUUAA